AUGAAGCCAAACGUUUGGAACAUAAAGGAUGUUUUGAAUAUCCCAUCAACCUCGAUGGCAGCAAAAUCUGGCAAGGGAGGUGCAACUAGUGACUACUCCAGUCUGACUGACUCCCAGCUUCUGUUUGGAUCUCAGUUCUGGCCAGAGAAUUCUCAAGGCUUUUCCCAGGAGUUAAGUGGACCGUUCAGAGGUUCUCAGCCAGCCUCACAGGAGAUAAGUGAACUGAAGGUUUCGACCAGUUAUCAUUCCAAGCCUUUGUUGUUUGGAGAUGGCAAAGCAGCAAACAUCACUGGUGGUAAAACCUUGGGCAUAUUAGACAGGUUUGAAGAGGAGAAAAGAAAGGCCAAAGAGAAUGAAAUUGUCAGUCAUGGAUUCCGACAGCUGCAUGAAAGUCUGGAAAAUAUCAAAAGAACGAUUUUAAACGUCAUUGAGGGGAGCUGUGAUUUCAAUAAAAAGACUGUAGCUGAAGGAAUCGACAGUCUUAGAAAAACAAUUCAGGAUGAUUUAGCCAACGUAAAGGAGAGCAUAGCAGGUCAGGCAGAAGUGCUGGCGAAUCUGCAGAACCAGACACAUAAAGAGAGGAAGGACAGUGAAGCUAAGAAAAUAAUGAAACAGCAAUGUAAACAUCACAAAUUGGAAUAUUUUACUUUUUAUAUCCACACUCUGAAGGAGAUUUCUCUGUUUUCACAGACCACAUUGGCUGUAAAAGACUUGAGCUCACUCGUGCUCAGUCUCCAGCAGGAUUUGGAAUCUCUAAGAGAAGACCAGAGAAAGGAGCACAGUGUGUUUGGAGAGCUUCAGUCUCUACUUGGCACAAUAAUGGCCACUCAGUCAUGUGGAGCUCUUCCUAGACCUGUCAGAAUGACUGACAACACGGUUCAGACAUCACCUGGUCUUGUAGAGAGGUUCUGUGUCAUUUCAGAGGAAAAGCAUUUUUGUGAAGGCAUUAUGUUUUGCAGUGGGACUCAUUCAGAGGGAAGAGCAGACCACAGUGUGUGUCUUGUUAAAGCAAAAUCUCCAAAAAAGCUUAACACAGAUGCAUCUCUCCGGGUCUUACGCCCUGUGUCUAUUGACAAGCAGAAGCAACUGUUCAACAACACAGCGGCUGAGAAGUCCUACUGCACACGCUCAGUGAUGACCACUGCUUCGAACCCAGCAGUCACUACGACAGUCACUGCUGAUCUUCAGAGAAGUUGUAUAGUUGGAGCCCCUGUGCAUGUGGAACGAGUGAAGCCUUUGGUUAAUAUGGAGGAGAACAGGUUCACAACCUGGAAUGAGGUAUCUAGACAGAAAAAAAUGCCCAGGAGAGGACAGAGAAGCCAGCAUUUCAGAAGGAAGAAGAGGGCUUUGAUCUUACCACAGAGGAGACCGAAUAACAGGAUGGCUUCAGUUGACAUUUUUGAGGAUAACCAACAUAAUGAAGAGCAUGAAAAUAGGGUGCCUCUAUCAACAGUCAAAACUGUUCCAGAGAAUCAUCUACCGUCUACAAAGCAGCAAGGCACAGCAGGACUGACAAAUAGGAGUGGUUGUGGACAGCACCUGAAUCCUUGGUCAUGGUCCCAGGACAGCAGCAGCUCCCAAAUAAUGGUGGAAUACAAGAAGGCUGAACACGAAGCAGUGAUGUCUGAGCACAAAACUAAUACUAUAAUGAGACAGACCGGCAUCUGGCAGCUCUUUGAUUUCAUCAGUGACUCGGAUUAAUUCUCUAACUAACGCUCCUAAUGCCCUGAUGAGGGCCUAACUGUUCAGAGAAAGGCUAAAUGUAUUUUAUCAAAGGCAAAACAAGUUCUUUAUUAAGGAUUUCUGUAGAAUUUUGUAUUUCUUUAAACCUUGGGAAAAUAAUUUCCAGUUCAUGUGGUUCCACAAUUUUAUGUUUCCAAUGAUCUACAAAUCCAUGAAUUUAGAACAGCAAAUG